AUGUCGCUCCCAAGCUCUAAGCCCAAGCUGCCCGUCGCAGUAGAAAAGCCUACACCAUACACUUUCGACCUUGGCAAUCUCCUCGCAGAAGAUCCCAACCCCGUGACCCUCGACCGCGAAAAUCUUGAGCAGUCCCUCGCCGAGCUCGCCCGCGAUGGUGCUCAAUCCCUCAUCAACCAAUUUCUCACCACAUGCCCUCUGAGCUCCACCACCGAGGGCGUCCUGCUCACGCUCCCCGCGCCAAGCACCCGCCUUCCUCGUGAGAAGCCCAUUCCUGAGGCCAAGCCUCCUACCAAGUGGGAGCGCUUCGCUGCAAAGAAGGGUAUCAAGCCCAAGACUCGGGAACAGCGUCGCAACCUUGCCUUCGACGAGCAGACAGGCGAGUGGCAGCGCAAGUGGGGAUACCAGGCCCUCAACAAGAAGGGCGAGGACUGGCCUAUUGUCGAGGUCGAUAUGGCGGCCGAGAGGAAGAGAAAAGAAGGCACCUCCAUCCGUGGCGACGGCCGAAGAGAGCGCAAGGAGAGGAUCAAGCGCAACGAGCGCAUGAUGCGCAAGAACCAGGGUAUCGCAAAAUAA